UUCCCUACCUAAUUUAUACAAAUACUUAACCCUCUUUCUUAAAUUUCUUGCCAAGAAAAGAAUUUCAUACCACAUUUCAAAAAGCCCUCAAAACCUUGUUGGAACAACUUUUUGUAUAAGCCUCAAUGACAACACCACUUCUUUCACCCACUACUUUUAAUGGCUUUCUCUCCUCUAACCAUAACCUCAAAACCUCAAAAAACAACGUUUGCCAACGUUUUGGUGGAGCUCUGCAUCUAAGAUUGUCCACUCCACGAACCAGCAAGCAGUUGCAAAGCAAUUUCAGAAUUGCUCGGAAGUGCAAAUGUGUUGAGCCGGGACUUCCAUUGCCUCCUGGACCUCCUAACAAUUCAAAGAGUUCCAAUUUACAUGGCUGGAUUUUGGGAAUUCUGAUCUCAGUAAUUCUCCCACUUUUGUAUCGGAAACGAGGGUCGUUAAUGCAACUCAAAAAUAGGGCAGAAAAAGCUUUGUACACGGUAGAAGAAAUAGUAGACAGAGUAGAGAGAACGGCGGAGGUGGUGGACAAGGUGGCAGGAAACGUCGCCGAAGAUCUAUCGGCGGGGAAAUUCAGAGAAACGGUACGCUCUAUUGAGAAUGUGGCAGAAAAGGUUGACAAGAGUGCUGAAGCAUUAGGAGAUUUCAUUGAUAAGGUUCAAGAAGUUAAUGAUAAAGUGAAAUUGUCGGAAGAAAUAGGGGAGAAAGAGGCGGAUAAACCUUCCAAAGUGGAAAGAGAUUAAAGCUAAAUUACAUAGAGAAUAAGUGUUGUGUGAAAUUGUCACGUAUAAUACUUUUUACACUUUAAUUUUUACAUAUAUUUUCGUGAUUCAUGCUGUAAUAUUUUUAUUCUAUAUCAUAUAUUCAUUCUUUUGUAUGUAAUUAGAUUAUUCAAAA